AAACGGCAAACCCAUAAAAAUAAAAAUAAAUUAGUUGCGGAGCAGCUGUUCAUAUCCAGGUCAUGAUCCGCUGUGCUGACGCCCACGCCAAACCAGAGUAAAGCAAUACCAGUAGAAGUGACAGCUCAUCACGACAGCUCACCCAAGUCCGCGCUAAAAUCUGGUCACGACCACCCCCUCCCACGUUAAUCUCCCCUUCCUCCUCCUCAAUAUCCCUGUCUUGUCCUAACCACUUUUACACAUAACUACUUGAACCUAUACAUACAACCCUUUCACCUAUACUUACACAAAACAAAACAUGAGGAGUGACUUAGAGAGAGGAGGCAAAGACAGAGCAGUGAAUAACUACGCGGCCUCAUCGUACGGUGUUGACGAGAGGGAGUCGCAGUGGACAUCAUGGCUCAUACCCAUGUUUGUAGUUGCCAACGUGGCGAUGUUUAUUAUUACUAUGUUUGUGAAUAAUUGUCCUCAUCAUCACUACGAUCGCGAUGGGAAGUGCGUUGCGAGGUUUCUGGGCCGGUUCUCGUUUCAGCCCACCACUGAUAAUCCUCUCUUCGGCCCAUCUUCUCAUACACUGGAGAAAUUGGGGGCACUUGAGUGGACAAAAGUGGUGCAUAAGCACCAAGGAUGGAGGCUCGUUACUUGUAUGUGGCUGCAUGCUGGGAUCAUUCAUCUGGUAGUAAAUAUGUUUAGUCUUGUCUUCAUCGGCAUACGUCUCGAACAACAGUUUGGCUUUGUGCGAAUUGGAGUCAUCUAUUUAUUCUCAGGACUUGGAGGAAGUAUACUUUCUGCAUUAUUCAUCCACAAUAGCAUCUCUGUUGGUGCUUCUGGUGCUUUGUUUGGUCUACUAGGUGCGAUGCUUUCAGAACUUUUAACGAACUGGACCAUUUAUUCCAACAAGGCUGCAGCAAUCAUUACACUAUUGGUUAUUGUAGUAAUUAAUCUAGCAGUUGGACUUCUCCCACAUGUUGAUAAUUAUGCCCAUAUUGGUGGAUUCUUGUCGGGCUUUCUCCUUGGCUUUGUCUUUCUGCUCCGUCCUCAAUAUGGGUGGGUGCGGCGUAGUAGUCUUCCAGCUGAUGUUCGUGCCAAAUCUAAGUACAAGGGCUAUCAAUAUGUGUUGUGGUUGGUGUCUUUGAUCCUACUCAUUGCAGGGUUUACAGUUGGAUUGGUGAUGCUGUUCAGAGGUGUAAAUGGAAAUGAUCACUGCGACUGGUGUCGGUAUUUGGAUUGCAUAUCUACCUCCAAGUGGAAGUGUGACAGAUGAUAAAGCUAUACCAACUCCCCCAACAGGAUGCAUACUCUGCCACUUAGGAUAGUUUAGGCUUUUAUGAGUUGCGUUUCUUGGUUGCUCUUACCACUGUGAAUUGUUAGUCUGCUUACUGUAUAUUCUCAGACUGCCUAGUAAAAUAGAUAUAUGUUGAUUAUUGUAUUUGUAUUAUUUUAUAAUCGAAUUCGUUUGGAGUGCUAUCA